AUGUCUCCCUCGAAUUUUCCGCCUGGCCUUGACAUCCACCCGACGAGCUCUCUUGAGGGGGCAUCAUCGUUCGAGCGCCAAUUUAAUGUUGACGCGCAGGCCGACGCGAUACGAAAAUAUGGGAUCGCGGGCAGAGUUUGGGAGGCAGCGCAUGCUCUUUUUCUCUACCUGGAAAGCCCACCUGGAUGGGAGUUUGAUCCCCCGCCGUCGACGAUUGGUUUCAAGAGCUCCGAACCAGAUGUAUUGGCUCCUAGGACGAUCCUUGAACUUGGAUCUGGCACUGGUGUCAUAGCUGAUGCUCUUGCACGAGAAUGUUCUCGGCCUGCCCAAGAUAUCGUGAUCGCCACCGAUCUACCCGAAGUCUGUGAAUUACUCGAAGCCAACCUGCAUGGUCCCGAAUCAAGAACCUCGCCGGAGGGCGGUACCGUUCUCGUUCGUCAACUUGCCUGGGGAAAUGCAAAGCAUGCAUCGGAUAUUCUCCAAGAAGUACAAGACCUUCCGGUUUCGCAAUCCACGACGUUGACUCACGUUGUCUGCAGUGACCUCGUGUACUUCCCUGAACUCUUAGCACCUCUGUUGCGGACACUACUGCAUCUGACGCAAAUUUCGGUCUCGAAGUCGUUCGCAUCCUCAAGUUGGGCCGACGCGACACCUCUUGUGAUCGUUGCGUACAAGGUUCGCAGCCUUGCGAAGGAGAUGCCAUUCUGGCAAGCCUUCGGGCUAUGGUUCCAGUUCUACCCAGUGCUUGUGAGGCAUUCCCGCUCCGCGGACUGGAGUACCUCAUUCACCUCUGCCGAUCAGACGUUCAUUUUCAUCGCGCAUCGACGGCCAGAUAGCCAUAGUUGGUGCAUUCCAUGCCAUGAUGAGGAGCUGCUUAGAGGGUACGGAGCCCGAGGCACUGAUAAUGCGAAGGGCGACGAUACGUUCGAGGGGUUAUUAUUGGCGAAUAUAUGCGCGUAA